CCAUUUUUUUCGAGUUUUCAAUUUUAAAGUAAACGCUAAAUAAAUCAUUAGUAAAAAUGGCUGUCUGGGAAGGAAAGAAAUACAAAUUAGAAAAGAGUGAAAACUUCAACGAACACAUGAAGGAAUUGGGUGUCGGUAUGGUUCUACGCAAAAUGGGUAACAGUGUCAGCCCCACCGUUGAACUGAAGAAGGAUGGUGAUAAUUACUCUUUCACCACUACCUCAACCUUCAAGACAACUACGGUCAACUUCAAGCUGGGCGAGGAAUUCGAUGAAGAGACACUUGAUGGUCGCAAAGUGAAGAGCGUCUUCACUCUGGAUGGCAACAAAUUGGUGCAAGAACAGAAGGGUGACAAACCAUCGACCAGUAUUCGUGAAUUCUCUGACUCCGAGCUAGUGACUACUCUCACCCUCAACGACGUGAAGUCCGUCAGAGUCUACAAGGCUGUAUAAAUGCGCAGUGCGCUACAUGCGAAG